UGCGAGUGUGGGAACGUGUGUUUGUGUGUUUGAGGGCUUGUGUGUCCGUGUGUAUGUGUGUCUUUGUGUGUGUGGUGUUUGUGUGUGCUAGCUCGUUGCGCGGCUUCUGUUGUGCUCCUCAUUAGACUGUAAUGAAGUCCUCUGCCCAAGCGUCUUCCCUCCUAGCCGCGCUAGCCUCUGGUUAGCCGCGCUAGCCUCUGGUUAGCCGCGGUAGCUUCUGGUUAGCCGCGUUAGCCGCGGUAGCUUCUGGUUCUGGUUUGUCCUGGGCUAACGUCUGUCUCCCCUUCCUCUCAGGUCCGCUGACGAAGAACAGCGACGAGUCGACCAUGAACCGGCCCCGGGACGAAGAUAUCCGGGACCGCCGUAAGAAGCCGGUGAUGCUCUUCAUCCACGGUGGCUCCUUCAUGGAGGGCUCGGGGAACAUGUUCGACGCCAGCAUCCUCGCCGCCUACGGCAACGUCAUCGUUGUGACGAUGAACUACCGCCUGGGCGUGCUCGGCUUCCUGAGCACAGGGGACCAGUCGGCCAAGGGGAACUACGGUCUGCUGGACCAGAUCCAGGCGCUGCGCUGGCUCAACGAGAACAUCGGCCACUUCGGGGGCGACCCCGAGCGCAUCACCAUCUUCGGCUCCGGCGCCGGCGCGUCCUGCGUCAACCUCCUCAUCCUCUCACACCACUCCGAGGGUAAGACAGCCUCCUCAUCCUCUCACACCACUCAGAGAGGGUAAGACAGCCUCCUCAUCCUCUCACACCACUCAGAGAGGGUAAGACAGCCUCCUCAUCCUCUCACACCACUCAGAGAGGGUAAGACAGCCUCCUCAUCCUCUCACACCACUCAGAGAGGGUAAGACAGCCUCCUCAUCCUCUCACACCACUCAGAGAGGGUAAGA